AUUUUCAUGAGACAACAUAGGAUAGUUUCUUAACAUAUUUUUACCUUCGUGAAAACCUAAAUUAAAGUAUAUUCGAUCUUUUUGAUUUUUCUCGAAGGAUUGUUCUAACUAGCGAUAGAGGUACUCUCGUGGCAUUAUCUAACUGUAUUUUCAGAUUUGUGCCGAGUAUGUCUCGGUUCAUUCCUCCGUAUGACACAUUAACCGCAUUCGUGUGUCGUCGCGUGCAAACGGAGCUAAUGCGUCAUUCACGCGCGAACCUGCGAGCGCAUCUGACGUGCGACGACGCGACCGCGGUGCGGUCCACGACGCACGUUCUCCCGCUCGCGGUGAACCGUUGUGGGAUGCAAAUGCGUACUGUCAGUAACAACAAUCGCGUGAAACGCGCGAGUGGGCGGGAGCGAGCGAUUAGGCCCGUUGUCACGUACGUAUGCGGUCCCGCAAACGACGAAAGUCCCGCGGCAAUAUAUGCUGCCACGCUGACGAGGGUAUACCAAGAAGUUAAGGAAUUUCACUGUGGAUAAUGUGAUUUGAUAACGAUAUUUUUGUCUCUAAAUAUAUUUUUGUACUAUCAAGAUGCACUUUUCUAUACCAGAUACUCAGGAAUUUGUGGAUGGAACUGGGAAUACAUACAUCGGAUAUAAUAUUCACAUCAAUGGAUUGUUUCAUUGUACCGCGAGAUAUAAGCAGCUGCACAAUCUGCAUGUACAACUGUCGAAGGACCUCGACAUAUCCCUACCUGUAUUUCCUCCCAAGAAACUCUUUCCCUUGACCUCUACUCAGCAAGAGGAGCGGCGGUUGGCUCUGGAGAAAUAUAUUCAAUCCAUCGGUCAAAAUAUAGCAAUAAAUAACUCGGAGAUAUUAAAUGGAUUUUUAUUAAGCGCGCAGCAAGAGACAGCUGAUGGUUUGUCUGAGCAGGAGACUUUAGAUGUAUUUCUUAUGAAUGGAUCAAAAAUUUCGUUAAAUGCUUCGCCAGGAGAGUAUUCUGGUGAAAUUUUAAAGAAAAUAUACAAACAUAUAAAGCUAGCAGAAAAAUACUAUUUCCAUUUUGCGUUAUUUAUUAUUGUACAAGAUGAAUUAUCCGGUAGUAUUAAAAUAUUGCGAAAAUUACAAGACUUUGAAUCACCAUUUAUAACGUACAAAUACAUGAGUUCUACGGGCACGAAAAUUGUUCUUAGAAAAAAUUACUGGGACAUAGCGUAUGAUGUUGAGUUAUUGAGUGAUCCGGUAACGCUAAAUUUACUGUACCUCCAAGCGGCUGCAGAAAUUCGCAGCGGUUGGAUUCUGGUUACAAAGGAGGUUCAGCAUCAAUUGGAGAACUUGCAAAAAUCCGAGAACAGAAAAGAGUACCUGAAUAUAGUUCGUAAUUUGAAAUACUAUGGCUACAUACAGUUUGCAGCAUGUUACUGCGAUUAUCCCGAACAUAACUCGAAAGUAUUGCUCGCUAUAGGUGGAAAUGAAUUAAAUUUACGCGUCUUAUCUUCGUCAAAAGAGCACGAAGUUGUGUUUAAAGUAUCGCGAAUGCGAUGCUGGCGUAUUACUACUAUACAAAAUGGAACGGAUCAUUAUGAAGAUAAUAACGAAUGCAGUCUGGAGUUAUCCUUCGAAUAUCUAAUUGCUAGGAAUGAAUUACAAUGGAUUACGAUUGUAUCCGAGCAAGCAAUUUUAAUGUCUGUUUGUCUGCAAGCCAUGAUUGACGAGUUGUUGCAGAAAUGCGUAGUAGGAAGUAGAAUUCAGGCAGAACCUGGGAAAUCCUGGACGUACGUUAUGCGGGACGGUCAGAGUCGCGUCAUGACGAGAUCACCACUGCGAGAAUGUGCCAAUGACAAUCAUUCUAAAUCGGGGCCAAUUAUUAAGAAACUUGCUAACAAAUGGUCGGCUGUGACGUCAAAAAAAUCAGACAAUUCAAGAACUGUUGCUGAUAAAACUCAAACAACGGAUCUGGAUGUUGUGGAGAAUAAUGUUUUUCGUAUGAUAGGGGACGACGAUUUAUGAGCCAAGUGAAUUUUAAAGAUCGACGUAUAAGCAUAAUGAUAAAAAAGUAACAGAGUAUGUGCCUCUUAUCACAAAAAAAUUUCAUAAAAAUAUAUUUUAGAAUAUUUUACACAUCACAGAAACUGUUUCCAAUUUAAAGAUUAACGGUAGGUAGCUCUCAAGACUUUGUUGGACGAUGCAUGUUUAGUGUCCCUGUACGUGAUAAAAGUGCAUUUAUAUUGAUAACUUUUAUCAUAUUUAUUGAUAACUGUUUAAUAAAACAUUCUUUAUAUAUUUUUAUAUGCCGUCCAGUUUCCAAUCUAGUAUAACUUAGAAAUUAACUUGGAUCAAAACUUUGCAUAAAUGUACAAAAAAAUGUUGUAUGCACAAGGUACUUAAUAAUAGGAUUAACAUAAAUGAUACAGUUGUAUCAUUAAUAAAAGAUCAAACUGAAGAGAUCAAAUGCGUAUAGUUUGUAUAAUAUUUUAUUGUUAUUAAACAAAUUGAUUGAAAAGGCAGCAUGUUAAUAUUUGCUCUUGUAAUUAUCUUAAAACAAAAUAUGUAUUAAUAAUAUCUCGCUUUAAUAUAAAUAGUAAUCAUUCCAUAUGUUGUUACGUUC